AUGUCUUUGGUAACGAGAGAAAUGGCUGCUCAAAAUGGAAAAUUGAAUGGCGACUUGAAGCAAAGUGACGACCGACUCCCCAUCGAGCGUGCAGGCAAUACUCAGCUCGCGCAGCGCAAAGGCUCAUACAACAACAAGGGAGACGAGUUAUCGCGAGACUACAACCCGCCGCCCUCCUCCUACUCCGUUCCCAAACAGCAUGGAGGCCUCGACAAGAGCGCAAACGGACUGGCCGACUUCUUCAGUACCGAGGUGUUCCAGAUUGUCUUACACAAUCCCACCACUGCCCAUCGUCUUCUCAAGUUCAGUCAAGCUCGCAUGUGUGGGGAGAAUAUGGAAUUCUUGGAGAAGGUGGACCGUUACAAUGCCCUCUUGGACGAGUUGACGACCAUCAUGACCGAUAUACAUUACUCCUAUACGGCAACCGAGGCGCCCAAACAGCUAGGCAUUCAUGUGAACUUGAUGAGACGGAUGAAUGCAGACAUCAAAGCAAGCACCAUGUCAACUCUACCGUCCAUGGAAUCGAUAUUCACAGAAGCACAAGACAGCGUAGAAAGUAUCCUGAGAACUGCCGUCUACCCACGCUUCGUCAAGUAUCAGAUGACCAACAGCGCUUCCAAAGCCUUGUCUACCGACCGCAGCAAAUACCAAGGUCUUGGAGACUGCUUCUGUUUAACAGACCCGAACAAGGCUGACAAUCCCAUUGUUUAUGCAUCGGAUGGAUUCGUUUCUGUGACCGGCUACUCAAGGCCCGAAGUCGUUCCACGCAACUGCCGAUUCCUUCAGGGCAACUACACAGACCGAACCGCAACGAAGCGACUGAAGGCCUCUAUCGAGGCAAGGGAAGAGACUGUGGAGCUUUUGCUCAACUACAAAAAGACAGGAGAGCCGUUCUGGAACUUGCUUUACGUUGCGCCUUUGUUCGAUGCGGAAGGCAACUUGAAAUUCUUCAUUGGCGGUCAAAUCAAUUGCUCGACGACCAUCCGUAGCAACACCGACGUUCUGAAGAUACUCUCCAUGUCUGACGAUCCAGAAGACGACAAGGAAGCUGCUCAGUCGGUAAGAAGCAUCAAGCCAAAUAAGAGGAGCUUUUUCGGAUUCUCAAGGAAAGAGAGCGUUCCUCAGCUUCCUUCUAGCACCAAACGUGUAGAGGUGCGUGGGGACGGUAUGGAGCAGGGACUACUCAAACAAAUUGAGAAGAUGAACUUCAGGACUCAGAUGGAGGUUUUCUAUACUGCGUAUUCGAAGUACCUAGUGGUUAAAUAUGACAGCUUCGCCAUCUCGCACUACUCGCUCGGCAUUGUAGAUAUUCUGGGUAUAACCAACAGCAGCAGCCACGGCUUUGUUGGUAGCAACAUAUUCAAAUUCUUGGCACAGCACACGACAGCGUUGCCACGGGAAUACAAAUCAAAGGUGAAGGAUGCCUUGAAACACGGCCAGGCCAUCUCCGCAAGCGUAAACCUAUUCACGCUCCGAUCACUGGAACGUUCCAAAGGAGAUGACAAAUUCUUCACGCACUGGACACCUUGUAAAGAUGAGCGCGGGGUUGUUGCCUAUGCUGUGGUGACGCUGAGCUCUACCCUGUACGAGUGA